GCCGGCGCGCCAUUUUCAACUGUUUGGUUCAGCUCCAAAAUAUCACAGAACUUAAAUCGACAAUAGCUUACACUUAGUUAGUGUUGGCGUCAACCGUUUUACUUUGCUUUUGUUAUUUAUUAUAGUUUAUUUAUAUCAAAAUGGACUGCGUGGACUUUCCGAGAGUUCUGCCAAAUUCGCCGAGGAAAGCUCGGGGACAGAUCCAGGUCAUCUUCGGACCGAUGUUUUCAGGCAAAAGCACUGAACUGAUGAGAAGAGUGCGUCGUUUCCAGAUAGCCCAGUACAACUGCCUGGUCAUCAAAUAUGCCAAAGACACACGUUAUUCCGAUCAAGGGAUGGCCACACAUGACAAAAACACAAUGGCAGCUGUACCGGCCAAUCGUCUGGGGGAUUUGCGGUCUUUGGCACUGCAAGCCUGUGUCAUUGGAAUUGAUGAGGGACAAUUUUUUCCAGACACUGUGGAGUUUUGUGAGGAGAUGGCCAAUUUAGGGAAGACAGUCAUCGUAGCUGCCUUGGAUGGAACUUUCCAGAGAAAGCCAUUUGGAAACAUCCUGAACCUCGUGCCUCUAGCAGAGAGCGUCGUGAAGCUCCACGCCGUCUGCAUGCAGUGUUACAAAGAAGCUGCCUACACCAAGAGGAUAGGAGCAGAGAAGGAGGUGGAGGUGAUCGGUGGAGCUGACAAAUAUCAGGCGGUGUGCAGAAAGUGUUACGGAGGUCUGACGGUGGACAAAGAGAACAGUUUUCUCUUCAGGAAUGAAACUCCACAAAAUGCCCUCACAGGAAAACUUGUGGACCCCGGAGUUCCCAGGAAGCUUUUCUCUUCUCUCCACCUCUGAAGACAAAAAUAAGACUUGGCACAGGAAAACUUUAUUGGUUGUGUUUGUGUGUGAAAGUAAUGAGUGAAACUGUUUUAUCUUCUUAAUAAUAACUUUUGUUUUAAAGCUGAAUCAGUUUCUGCUGUACUAUUUGAUAAUCAGCCUGUUAAUUUCUUCUGGUGUCUAAUUGUUGUGAUGCAUCAUUUACUUGAAAUAUCUUGAAAAGCACUUAAUAACUCUGGAUAUAAGGACAAUGGCAACCAACUCACUGGUUUCACUACAUUGUGGUGUUCAUAUCUGUAAUUUAUGUUUGGGUUGCUUUUUACAUCUUUAACUGUAGCAUUAUUUUAUUAAAUCUAAGGUGUUGCAAUAUUUUCCUGUUUAACAAAAUGUACUUUUGCUAUUAUUCAUAAGGAGGAAAGGUAAAAACUAUGUAUUGCAGAUCAGAAAUGGUAUAAAAUAAAAUCUACAGUUUCAAAACACUGAA